CCACCUCGUACUUCCGGAAUAGCCAGAAGCGGCCCGUUGCCUCGGCGACCGUAUACACAGACUGGCAGCGGCGCUGCCGGUAUUCCGUAGCUGCUAAUGCAGCGGUCCGGCUGGGAGAGGGCUCCUGCCUCCCGAGCGUUGUGACUGAAGAUGGGCCCACACAUGGAGAUUCAGCCAGCCUCUGACUUCCAGCCAUGACCACCACCAUCACCAGUCACCAUUUCUUAAGCACAUGCUCUGUGCUUGGCAGUGUUCUGGACUUAGAGGGGGGAUUCAAACGAGAUAAAAGGCACCAUCCAGUCCUUCAAGCAGCUUGUUAUUUAAUUUGGGAGCUGAAACUGUCUCAAAUGAUGCGGUCUAAGAACAGUAACAAGCAUUAUUUCACUAAAAUGGGUUCUAGGAAAAAAGUUCACGCAUUUGUCCGUGUGAGACCCACUGAUGACUUCGCUCAUGAAAUGAUCAAAUAUAGAGAUGACAACAAAACCAUUGAUAUUCACUUAAAAAAAGAUUCUCGGAGGGGAGUUGUCAAUAACCAGCAGACAGACUGGUCAUUCAAACUGGACAGAGUUCUCCAUGAUGCCUCCCAGGACCUGGUUUAUGAGACAGUUGCGAAGGAUGUGGUUUCUCAGGCCCUCAAUGGCUUUAACGGCACCAUCAUGUGUUAUGGGCAGACAGGAGCUGGCAAGACGUAUACCAUGACGGGGGCAACCGAGAAUUACAAGCACCGAGGGAUCCUCCCUCGUGCCCUACAGCAGGUCUUUAAGAUGAUUGAAGAACGUCCCACACAUGCCAUUACUGUGCGCGUUUCCUACCUGGAAAUCUAUAACGAGAGCCUGUUUGAUCUCCUAUCCACGCUGCCGUAUGUUGGACCCUCGGUCACACCUAUGACCAUCGUGGAGAAUCCUCAAGGGGUCUUCAUUAAGGGCUUGUCGGUUCACCUCACAAGUCAGGAGGAGGAUGCAUUCAGCCUCCUUUUUGAGGGAGAGACCAACAGGAUUAUAGCCUCCCACACAAUGAACAAGAACUCAUCCAGGUCACACUGCAUUUUCACCAUCUAUGUGGAGGCCCGUUCACGGACCUUAUCAGAUGAAAAGUACGUCACUUCCAAAAUUAACUUGGUGGAUCUAGCAGGCUCGGAGAGGCUGGGGAAGUCUAGGUCUGAGGGCCGAGUCCUGAAGGAAGCCACCUACAUCAACAAGUCACUGUCAUUCCUGGAGCAGGCCAUCAUUGCCCUCGGGGACCAGAAGCGAGACCACAUCCCCUUCCGGCAGUGCAAGCUCACCCACGCCCUCAAGGACUCAUUAGGGGGAAAUUGCAACAUGGUCCUCGUGACAAACAUCUAUGGAGAAGCUGCUCAGUUAGAAGAGACGUUGUCUUCACUGCGGUUCGCCAGCAGGAUGAAGCUGGUCACCACUGAGCCUACCAUCAAUGAAAAGUAUGACGCUGAGAGAAUGGUCAAGAACCUGGAGAAGGAGCUAGCACUGCUCAAGCAGGAACUAGCCAUCCAUGACAGCCUGGCCAACCGUACCCUCGUGAACUAUGACCCUAUGGAUGAAAUCCAGAUUGCUGAGAUCAACUCCCAGGUGCGAAGGUACCUGGAGGGAACGCUGGAAGAGAUUGACAUAAUCAACCUCAGACAGAUCCAGGAGGUGUUCAACCAGUUCCGGGUGGUGCUGAGCCAACAGGAACAGGAAGUGGAGUCCACUUUGCGCAGGAAGUACACCCUUAUAGACAAGAAUGACUAUGCAGCUAUCUCUGCUGUCCAGAAGGCAGGGCUCGUAGAUGCUGAUGGCCACCUAGUGGGUGAGCCUGAUGGACAAGGCUUCGGACUCGGAGUCGCCCCUUUCUCUACCAAACCCGGGAAGAAAUCCAAGUCCAAGAAGAUGUUUAAAGAGCAGCUCAGCUCCUCAGCAAGAAAGGAGGGUGCCAGCAGCCCUCUGAGUGGCAAGGACUUGGAUGUUUCCACCUCCAAGACCCAGCUGACCCCGUCCUCCAAGGAUGGGGAUGUCAAAGACAUGGUUGUGCGGGACCGGGAGACCUCCAAUACUGAGCCCCUGGCCUCUGACUCCCCAAAGGAGGAAUUACGCCCACCCAGGCCUAGCACCCCACCCGCCAAGCCUGUGGCCUUUGAGGACUUUAAGAAUGAGCGGGGUAGUGAGAUCAACCGCAUCUUCAAAGAAAACAAAUCCAUCUUGAACGAACGGAGGAAAAGGGCCAGCGAGACCACACAGCGCAUCAAUGCCAUCAAGCGGGAGAUCGACAUGACCAAAGAGGCACUCAAUUUACAGAAAUCACUACGAGAGAAGCAAGGCGAGUAUGAGAACAAAGGGCUGAUGAUCAUCGAUGAGGAGGAAUUCCUGCUGAUCCUGAAGCUUAAAGAUCUCAAGAAGCAGUACCGGACGGAGUAUCAGGACCUCCGUGACCUCAGGGCUGAGAUCCAAUACUGCCAGCACCUGGUGGACCAGUGUCGACACCGCCUGCUCACGGAAUUUGACAUCUGGUACAAUGAGUCCUUCUUCGUCCCCGAGGACCUGCAGAUGGCACUGAAGCCAGGUGGCAGCAUCCGGCCAGGCAUGAUGCCUCUCAGCAAGAUUGUGUCUCCGGGAGAAGACGACCAGGACAGGUUCAGCCAGCUGCAGCAGACGACGCUGCCCGAGGGCCCUGACUCUGUCUCCUUCUACAACGCCAAAGUCAAGAUGGAACAGAAGGAAGCAGGAUGGGGCAGGCAGCACCUGGGAGGCAGGAUGGCUUGCUCCCCCCAUCCCUUCUGGAAGUCUUGGGGUCUCAGUGCCUGCAACAGCUGGCCUUGGACAAAUAAAAAACUAAGUUGUUUACUGGAAAAAAAAAAUCGUAGGGGCAGAAAAUCUAAAUGAACAUUUCUCCAAAGAAGACAUACAGAUGGCCAAAAACCAUAUGAAAAGAUAUUCAACAUCACUAAUUAUCAGAGAAAUGCAGUCAAAAGUACACUGAGGUAUCACCUCACACCAGUCAGCAUGAUCAUCAUUAAAAAGUCCACAAACAACAUGUUCAACUCAUAAAAACAGAGAUUAGAAUAGUGGUUACCAGGGAAUGGGGGUGGAAUGUGGGAAACGGGGAGAUGUUGGUCUAAGGAUACAAACUUCCAGUUAUAAGAUGAGUUGGUUCUGGGGGUCUAAUGUAUAGAAUGGCUAUUAUAGUUAAUAAUGCUGUUAAUAAUAUAUCAAUAGCUGAAAAUUGCUGAGAGUAGAUCUUAAAGGAUUUCACCACAGAAAAAGAAAUAGUAAUUAUGUGAAGUGAUAGAAGUGUUAGCUAAUGCUGUGGUUGCAGUCAUUUAGUAAUAUGUAAGUGUGUCAAGUCAACACAUUGUAUACCUUAAACGUAUGCGGUAUUAUAUUCUAUGGCACUUAUAUCUCAAUAAAGCUGAGGCGGGGGAAGUCUACAGACAAUAAUGAUAAAUGCCAGAGUGCGUGUGGAGAAGAAGGUGCACUGCUGCACUGUUGGUGGGAAUGUAAGUUGGUACAACUGCUGUGGAGAACAGUAUGGAGGUUCCUUAAAAAGCUAAAAAAUGUAACAACCAUGUGAUUCAGCAAUCCCACUCCUAGUGGUAUAUCCAGAG